AUGGAGCAAAUUGCUCGGUUCUUGGCAAUCCUCAGGAAGCUAAAAGCCAAUUCCUCUUAUGCAGAGGCGUUGGAGAAGAAACCUCCUACCAUGGCGUAUUUGCAGAGAGAUGCAAAUGUGGUACUGACCAAGGAGUGCAGUACAUUAGUCCAAAAGAAGCACCCUCAAAAGCUGCCUGACCCCGGAAGUUUUCUUAUUCCCUGUACUAUAGGGACUAUCACUUUCGAGAAGGCAUUGUGCGACCUUUGCUCAAGCAUCAAUCUUAUUCCUCUCUUUGUGAUGAAGAGGUUGGGAAUUCAAGACGUGAAGCCUACCAAGAUCUCAUUGGAGAUGGAAGACAAGUCCCUGAAAAAGGCAUAUGGCAUAGUAGAAGAUGUCCUUGUGAAGGUUGAAGACCUUUACUUCCCUGCGAAUUUUUUGAUCCUAGACAAUAAGGAGGACAGAGAUGACUCCAUCAUCCUUGGAAGGCCUUUCCUAGCCACUGAUAAGGCAUUGAUAGAUGUGGAAAGAGGAGAGCUAGUCCUAAGUACAAAGUUAUACAGAUCCCCAAAUAUCAAUUCAAAGUUUAGUGUUGGACAUCCAUCAUCAACUAUUGGAGAAGGAGUGAACGUGAUCCUGUCUCUAGAGCAUGUGGAUCUCAUUCAUGAGAACACAGGAAGGAAGUUCACCAUGAGGGGUGAAGAUCUGAUCCCCUAUCAACCUCCGUAA